CUCUCUCUCCCUUCCUCUCCCCCACCUCAAAGCCGCUGCAGCAACACACAACACACACCUUCUUCACAAUAUACUCAAUACAUUCUGUGGAGGGUUCCUCUGCUCUGCUCUGCUUUGCUUUGCUUCCACUCCAAGGAAGAGAGCUUUGGGGCGAUCCAAGAAAUGGAUCCCUGCCCUUUCCUCCGUGUCCUCGUCGGCAACCUCUCCCUCAAGCUCCCCCGGCCCUCCUCCUCCGCCGCCGCCCCCUCCGCCUCCGCCGUCCACCCUUCUUCUUCUUCUUCUUCCUCGUUCUUCUGCAAGAUCAAGCUCUCCAACCUGCCCCCCCAGCACGCCACCCUGCCCCUGGUCUCGUCCCCCGAAGACGACUCCCCCGGCGGCCACCCUUCUCAGCCCCUCGCCGCCUCCUUCAGCCUCCCCAAGCCCCUCCUCGAGAAGCUCGCCCUCCAGAACCCGACCUUGAGGGUCGAGGUCUACAGGGGCCGUUUGGGGAGCGGCUGCGGGUUGGUGGGCGGCGGCUCGAAGCUGAUCGGGAAGGUGUGCGUGCCGCUGGACUUGAGGCGGGCAGAGCCGCGGGCGGUGUCGGUGCACAACGGGUGGGUGGACAUCGGCAGGAAGAGCGGGGAGAAGCUGCACGUGAGCGUGAGGGCGGAGCCUGAUCCGAGGUUCGUGUUCGAGUACGAGAAGGAGCCGGAGUGCAGCCCCCAGGUGUUUCAGGUCCAGGGGAGCGUGAAGCAGCCGGUCUUCACCUGCAACUUCAGUUGCCGGAACAACAACGUCGGCGACCGGAACUUGCGAUCCAGAUCGUCCUUGUCCGAAACAAGCACAUCGCGAAGCUGGAUACCGUCUCUGGUCGGCAACGACAAGGACCCGCAUUCUAAAGAGAGAAAGGGAUGGUCCAUCACCAUCCACGACCUCUCUGGCUCUCCGGUGGCGGCGGCAUCGAUGGUGACGCCCUUCGUCCCGUCCCCUGGGUCCGACCGGGUCAGCCGGUCCAAUCCGGGCGCGUGGCUCAUCCUCCGCCCGGGCCACGGCACCUGGAGCCCAUGGGGUCGCCUCGAGGCCUGGCUCGAGCAUGGCAGCUCCGAAAUGCUCUCCUAUCGAUUCGAGCUCCUCCCCGACACCACCGCCUCGACCACGGCCACCGUGGCCGAUUCCUCGAUCAGCAUUAAGACCGGCGGCAAAUUCACCAUAGACUUGACCACCAGCGUGUCGCCCAUGAGCAGCCCGAGCAGCAGCAUGGACUUUGGGUCUGGGUCGUGGUCCGGGUCGGGAUCCGGGUCGGACUUCGUGGGAUUGGGGCUGUGGCCAUCGGUGCCCGGUGGGUUCGUGAUGUCCUCGACCAUGCAAGGGGUGGACAGGGCGAGCAAGCCGCAGGUGGAGGUGGGGGUUCAGCACGUGACGUGCACCGAGGACGCGGCGGCUUUCGUGGCAUUGGCGGCGGCUGUCGACCUGAGCAUGGAUGCCUGCAAACUGUUCUCCCAGAAGCUGAGGACAGAGUUGAGGCAGCAAAGUCAGGAGUGCGCCAUUUGAUGCGAUUACUCGUCGAAAUUACUCAGUCGAGAUCUCGGGCCAUGGCAUUUCUGCAAUUAAGUCUCACGUGGACCUCUCACGAUCUGGCGAUCGUUGUGAGAGCGGAUGAUCCGUGUCGCAGUCAUUGGAUUUUUCUUUUUAAUUUUCUUGACCAUGAUUCUUUUGAUGAGCGUUUUUCUUGGCUCGGUUGGGCGAUUAGGAAGUGUACAGAGGAGGGUGAGCGGGCGAUGAUUAACUUCUUUUGUUUUGUUUUUUGUUAUCUUUUGGUGUACAUGUUGUGGGUUGUGAUCACUAUUGAAUUUGAAUGCUUUAAUGUUUCAUUGGUUGGAUUGA